AUGGAAUGGGAACGGGUCGCCAACGAAAAACCGCGAUUGAGCAACAGCUACGAAAAUAGGAUGGUGGUGGACUCAGCCACCACCACACCCAUGGACACUGCUGAUCCUAGCGGUGGAGGCGACAACCACGCCUACCCGUCCCCCUGGAACGCGAACCCGCGCCCACGCCAGUACCGCGAACAGAUGGCCCCGAUCAGGAUUAACGGCGUUGGCGAAAAUGCACCAAUUUUGUUGCACUGCGAGUGGAACCCCAAGGACCCGUCCAGCCUGGCGGCUGCUGGAACAGAUGCGCUAGCCCGUGUUUGGACCAUUACUCGUGCGACAACUGGCGCUCUGCCGAACGGCGACAGCAGCAACCCAUCGGGUCACGUGACAACCGUGAAUCAGCCGUUCCACAGCCUGGUUGAUGACGAGACACCGCCCAACACAAAUGUGACGGCGCUCGCGUGGAACUGGGAUGGGACGGCAAUCGCUGUUGCGACUGAGCAUGGGAAGAAGGCAAGAAUCAAUAUCUGGGGUCCUGACGGAUCGCACCUGCAAAGAUUCGAGGUUGCCCAGACACCAGUCAUCAAGCUGCGCUGGAACCCAAGCGCCACUGCCUUACUCGCCAUCUCUGUUGAUACUGGUGGCUCGAUUAUAACGAAGCCCGAAAGUAAAUCCAAAUGCUUCCUCACAAUGGACUCACCCAUUGUGGCAUUAUCGUUCACACCCGACGGCGCCUUUAUCGCAGGAGCUACAUCCAGCAAGGUUCUCAUUUGGAAGGUGGGAGACCAUGCGAUACCCCGCGCCAGCUGGAGCCGCACACCACACCCUGGCUGGCUUAGUCCAAAGGUGAACGCGGAAACGGACGAAGAAGACCCACACUGUCUUUGCUGGGAUGCGACAGGAACGAAACUGGCAUAUGGUGCCAAUAGUAGAGAUCUCCUCCGGGAUGCCCUUCCGCCCGAUUUGAACCACCACGACCAGCUGGUGACGACUGGGGAUGAGCUGCCCCGCUCACCCUGCCGUGCCCAACAUAAUCAACCCACACUGCAAGACUUGGGCGAUUCUCCCGUACUACGCCCCGUCCCUACCGUCAGCGAUACAUCAGCGCCGGAUUAUCACGGAGGCAACGGACUCCCUGACGAAGAGGAAUUCGCCAAACUCGUAGAGCACUGGGACCCCGCCAACGCAGACGUGGCGAUCCAGGACCCUUCGGACUGGAACCGCAACGGGGAAUACGGAGAUAUUGUGGGUGCCGUGACGGAGGCGAUCAAGGGCGCGGACGUGAGGGUGUACAGGGUGAGCAAGGACGCGACCCGGGUGGAGUACUUUGUCGUCGGGUGCGAGGGCAGCGGGAAGAGCGCGAGGCUUGUGGGUGUGAGGGCUCUGUCGGUUGAGAGCUAG